AACAAUUCCAACUGAGUGACACGUAUUCACGCCCGAUCCGCCUCGUGAGGGCUUCCAUGGCUUGCUGUGCUAGAUUAUAAACUCUAUAUACCCCUUUCCGCUUCCUCCGCCCCGCACCUUACAGCCUCUGGGCUCACCUUCCUCGACCAUGGCCAGCUUACUCCGACGGCCAGGCAAUCUUGCUCAAUACUCGAGGAGAGCCGCAGAGCACAUCUUUCGCGCCAGACCACUUCAAACGCGCAUUUCACAAUCAAGACUAUCGUCUUUAUACACAGCACAUCGUGUAAGGACAUUCACUUCGCAACGUGACGUUGACCCGAAACCUGAGAGGAGAGUACCACCUACUGAAAACGAUGGCAAACAAGACGACGGCGGCAACUCGCAGCCUCCUCAAAAGCCUGAGGGGCCCAAGGAUUCAGAGGAACCCAAUAAGCCAGAGGAGGACAAGAAGCCUGAGCAGCCUCCCUCGAAGUUAACCGCGGAGGAGGAGGAGCAGGUCAAGCAGUUCUUCGAACACAUGACACAAUUUUUUCCGGCCUCGCAAAUCAACGACCUGCGAAUAUUCGUGAGAAUAUUACAAAAGAAUGGCAUGACUCCGGAGACACGGCAGUUUAUCGAAAAGUAUAUCGUCACGGGGAAGGAGCCGUCGAUGAUGGAGUACAUGCGGAUUUCUACGCAUGUACAAUAUACGGUAAGGAAGAAUGCCAGCCAAGAAAAUGAGCAGAAGGAUGGCCAGAAGGAAGAACAGAAGCAGAGUGGGCAGAAUGGGCAGAAGCAACAGGGCAAGAGCCAGUCGGAUUCUCCAGAUUUCAAAACCCUGGAUUUCAAAUUCGAUCCUGCAUCGAGCCUGAUCAGUACUGUCAUCGCCUAUUACAUCUACCGCAGCAUCUUCCCUGGCGACAAUAGCAAGGACAUCACAUGGGAGGAGUUUAGGAGCAAAUUUUUGGAUAAGGGACUUGUGGAGAGAUUGACCGUUACCAACAGAACUAGGGUUCGUGUCGAACUGAACCGUGAUGCGGUGGCUCGAACGUACCCUGAUUCACCUGCAGCUUCACCAAACUUCUACUACUAUUUCACUGUCGGAUCCGUUGAGAGUUUCGAGCGAAAACUCGACCAAGCCCAAUUUGAGCUCGGCAUUCCAACUUCCGAGCGUAUCCCCGUUUCCUAUGUUGAUGAAGUCCCAUGGAUGGCUACCGUGCUGUCCUUUGGCCCUACACUCCUCUUCAUGGGUGGUUUAUUCUAUCUUUCGAGACGUGCCGGCAGCGCUUCAGCAGGUAGAAACGGCAUAUUUGGAAUUGGCAAGAGCCGUGCUAGGCGCUUCAACCAUGAAACGGAUGUCAAGAUCAAGUUCUCUGAUGUUGCUGGAAUGGACGAAGCCAAGGUAGAGAUCAUGGAAUUUGUCAGCUUCCUAAAGAGCCCAGAAAGAUUCCAGAAGCUCGGUGCCAAGAUCCCUCGCGGUGCAAUUCUAUCGGGACCUCCUGGAACGGGUAAGACGCUGCUUGCCAAGGCUACUGCUGGUGAAUCUGGCGUACCUUUCUUCAGUGUCAGUGGUUCAGAGUUCGUGGAAAUGUUCGUUGGUGUCGGUCCUUCCCGUGUCCGAGAUCUUUUCGCCAAUGCGCGCAAGAACACACCCUGUAUUAUUUUCAUUGACGAAAUCGAUGCCAUUGGUAAAUCCAGGUCCGCCAAAAACUUCAGUGGCGGAAACGAUGAGCGGGAAAGUACCCUAAACCAAAUCCUCACUGAGAUGGAUGGUUUUAACACUUCCGACCAAGUGGUUGUUUUGGCUGGUACCAACAGACCCGAUGUUCUUGACAAAGCUCUUAUGCGACCUGGACGUUUCGAUCGACACAUUAGCAUUGAUCGACCUACUAUGGACGGUCGCAAGCAGAUCUUCCGUGUUCAUCUGAAGAAGAUCGUUACCAAGGAGGAUAUGGAUUACCUGACGGGCAGGCUGUCUGCUCUGACUCCUGGCUUUGCUGGUGCUGACAUCGCCAACUGCGUCAACGAAGCUGCUUUGGUUGCCGCCCGUGAAAACGCAGAGAGUGUAACCAUGAAGCAUUUCGAGCGAGCAAUUGAGCGAGUUGUCGGCGGCCUGGAAAAGAAGUCUCUUGUGCUCUCACCGGAGGAGAAGCGCACUGUGGCUUACCACGAAGCCGGGCACGCCAUCUGCGGUUGGUAUUUCCGCUGGGCGGAUCCGUUGCUCAAGGUUUCCAUCAUACCGCGUGGCCAAGGGGCCCUGGGAUAUGCACAAUACCUGCCCGCCAAUGGAGAUACAUACCUGAUGACCGCUAACCAAAUGAUGGACCGGAUGGCCAUGACCUUGGGAGGACGCGUCAGCGAGGAACUACACUUCGACACUGUCACUAGCGGAGCCAGUGACGACUUCAACAAGGUCACCCGCCUGGCCACAGCUAUGGUUACAAAGUUCGGCAUGUCGCCGAAGCUCAAGUACAUCUACUAUGAAGAGGACCCAUCAUCACAGCUUCACAAGCCCUUCUCGGAAGAGACCGCCAAGGAUAUUGAUAUCGAAGUCCGCCGUAUCGUCAACGAAGCAUACAAGCAAUGCCGCGAUCUUCUCACAGCGAAGAAGAAGGAAGUCGGCCUCGUCGCAGAAGAACUUCUAGCCAAAGAGGUUCUCAGCCGCGACGACAUGGUCCGCCUCCUCGGUCCUCGCGAAUGGCCCGAGUCAGGAGAAUUUGCUAAGUAUUUUGAUGGCAAGCAUGGCCAGACCAUCGCGCCUCCUGAGCCCGAAGUUGGACCCGAAGCUGGACCUGAGACGAGAGAAUCACCAUCAUCAUAGAGCUGGAUUUAAGGAAAAAAUAUCGAUAAGUGAUUGACUGAUCAAUUUUUUUCUGCUGCUCUUUCAUCUUAUCUUUAUAGGAGGAACUUGUAUUUACCAGCAUUUUAUCUACUCCCCUCUUAUUUUUUUCUCCCUCCAUUUCACUACCUGCUUAUACCUACUCUAUCCUUCCUCCUUUCUUACCAAAAUACUCGAUUUUUUUGGUAGCUUCCCUUCCGACCCGUUCGAUCCCCCUCGUCUUUGUAUUUCUGCCUCCGAAGCGUCGAGUCUAAUGUAUCAUUGUAUAGUAGGUAGCUGAAUG